CCAGCGCUGACACAUUAACCAGGGAAAGAAGAAGAGCCGCCGAGGCAGCAGCAAAAGAGUUUUUUUGGUCUCGCCGCAAUUGAAUUAGUGUUUACGCAGACAGCAGCAGUUUGCCCAAACCGUGAAAGAUGCCUCUCAAACUGGACAUCAAGCGUCGCCUGACGUCGCGCUCGGAUCGGGUCAAGUGCGUGGAUCUCCAUCCGGCGGAGCCGUGGAUGUUGUGCGCCCUGUACAAUGGCCACGUACACAUCAUGAACUACGAGAAUCAGCAGAUGGUGAAGGACUUUGAGGUCUGCGAUGUCCCAGUGCGCUCCGCCCGCUUCGUGGCGCGCAAGAACUGGAUCCUCACCGGCUCGGAUGACAUGCAGAUCCGGGUGUUCAAUUACAACACGCUGGAGAAGGUACACUCGUACGAGGCGCACUCGGACUACCUGCGCUGCAUCGCCGUGCAUCCCACACAGCCGCUGGUCCUGACCAGCAGUGACGACAUGCUCAUCAAGCUCUGGAACUGGGAGAAGUUGUGGGCCUGCCAGCGCGUCUUCGAGGGCCACACCCACUACGUCAUGCAGAUCGUGUUCAACCCGAAGGACAACAACACCUUUGCCUCCGCCUCGCUGGAUCGCACGGUGAAGGUGUGGCAGCUGGGCUCAAACUUUGCCAACUUUACGCUGGAGGGGCACGAGAAGGGCGUCAACUGUGUGGACUACUACCAUGGAGGCGAUAAACCCUAUCUGAUUUCCGGUGCCGAUGAUCGCCUGGUCAAGAUCUGGGACUACCAGAACAAGACCUGCGUCCAGACCUUGGAGGGACACGCCCAGAACAUCUCGGCUGUCUGCUUCCACCCGGAACUGCCCAUCGUGUUGACUGGCUCCGAGGAUGGCACCGUGCGCAUCUGGCACUCGGGCACUUAUCGCCUGGAGACCUGCCUCAACUACGGAUUCGAGCGGGUCUGGACCAUUUCCAGCAUGCGGGGCACCAACAACGUGGCCCUGGGCUACGACGAGGGUUCCAUCAUCAUCAAGGUUGGACGCGAGGAGCCAGCAAUGUCCAUGGACGUGGUGGGAGGCAAGAUUGUUUGGGCUAAGCACUCGGAAAUGCAGCAGGUCAACCUCAAGACCAUUGCCGAUGGCACAGAGAUCAAGGACGGCGAACGCCUGCCAGUGGCGGUUAAGGAUAUGGGCGCCUGUGAGAUCUACCCGCAGACCAUUGCCCACAAUCCCAACGGUCGAUUCGUCGUCGUUUGCGGCGAUGGCGAGUACAUUAUCUACACAUCGAUGGCACUGAGAAACAAGGCCUUCGGCUCCGCCCAGGAGUUUGUGUGGGCGCUGGAGAGCAACGAGUAUGCUAUCCGCGAGAACAACGGCACCGUCCGCCUGUUCCGCAACUUCAAGGAGCGCAAGAGCUUCACGCCCGAGUACGGGGCGGAGAGCAUCUACGGCGGCUACUAUUUCGGCGUGAAGACCUCCUCCGGAUUGGCCUUCUACGACUGGGAGACACUGCAGCUAGUGCGGCGCAUAGAAGUGCAGCCCAAGAACGUUUUCUGGAACGAGAGCGGCAGCCUGGUCUGCCUGGCCACAGAUGACUCCUACUUCGUUUUGGGAGUGGACACAGCCCAGGUUGCCAAUGCUGUGGAAUCUAAGGAGGGCCUGGAAGAUGACGGCGUGGAGAGUGCCUUCAAUGUGUUGGGCGAGGUGGCUGAAUCCGUGAAGACGGGCCUGUGGGUGGGCGACUGCUUCAUUUACACCAACUCGGUGAACCGCAUCAACUACUAUGUGGGCGGCGAGAUCGUGACAGUGUCCCACUUGGAUCGCACAAUGUAUUUGCUGGGCUAUGUGCCCAAGGACAAUCGCCUGUACCUGGGCGACAAGGAGCUGAACGUGAUAAGCUUCUGCAUGCAUUUGUCCGUGCUGGAGUACCAGACGGCGGUGAUGCGACGAGACUUUGAGCGCGCGGACAUUGUGCUGCCCACCAUUCCCAAGGAGCACCGCACUCGCGUAGCCCACUUCCUGGAGAAACAGGGCUUCAAGUCGCAGGCCCUGCAAGUAUCCACCGAUGCCGACCACAAGUUCGAUUUGGCCCUGCAAAUCGGGGAGUUGGACAUUGCUCUUACUUUGGCCCGCGAGUCGGAGAACUCCCAGAAAUGGUCCCAACUGGCGGAUGUGGCGGCGCGCAAAAACAACAUGGCCCUGGUCAAGGAGUGCAUGCAGAAGGCGAACGACUUCAGUGGUCUCCUGCUGCUCUCAACCGCUUCCGGCGAUGCUCAGAUGCUCGAAGAGGUGGGCAGCUCCGGCACCGCCCAGGGGCGCCACAACAUUGCCUUCCUGGCAGCCUUCCUGCGGUCGGACGUGAACCGCUGCCUGGAGAUUCUCAUCGAGACGAACCGCCUGCCGGAGGCAGCGUUCUUCGCCCGCACCUACCUGCCCAGCCAGAUGUCGAGAGUGGUGGAGCUGUGGCGCGAGGAGCUGGGCAAGGUGAACGAGAAGGCGGGCCAGUCGCUGGCCGAUCCGGCUCAGUACACAAAUCUCUUCCCGGGUCUGGGCGACGCGCUGCGCGUGGAGCAACAUCUGCAGGAGGAGCGGGCACGCAAAGCACCGGCGCGUCUGGCCGGGCAACUGCCCCUGAACAGCGAGCGUAAUCCCCUCCAGGAACUUCAGGCCGCCGAGCAGGGCGGCGCCGGCCAACAGCUGGAGGAGAAGGCGAAGCCGACUUUUGUUCCCGCACAAGCUGCUGCUGCCGCCUUCAGCAGCCAGGUGGUCGAGCCUUCUUCUGCCGCGGAUGACGACGACGACCUGGACCUGGAGAUCGAUGGCAUCACGCUGGAUGACAAUAUCGAUACGACAGAUGUGAACCUGGAUGAUGACUUUUUGAGCGACGAUUAGGGCGGGACGAGAUCGCAGCCAGAUCUAGAAUACCAUUUAAAACCUAAAACCAUCGUUUACUGCUACGGGAGUCCCACAUUUCGAGCAUUUCGAGCCACAGAAUUCCGCGCAUACAUUCACAUUUGAUUUGAUUGAAUGUUGUUUAAAUAUAUAUCUAUUAAUAUUAUGUACAACA